AUGAGGCCCUUGAGUUGGCAGCCUUUACCCUCUCGGCCAUUUUAUUUUGCCUCAAAAUUAUCCGGUGUUGGCGAAAAUGGACAAUCUUCUAAUGGUCAACGCAUGCCUUGUUUUCAUUCAAGACCAUACAGUUCAGAUGAUAACGCUGAAAUGAAGCUUCAAGAUAUUCUAAGGCAAUCUGUGGAAAAGAAGGACAAAUUGCGAUACCCUGAAUUUGAUGAUCACAAAGGACAACAAAAGAAGCUUGGUUUAAAAGACUUGAUAAAUGAACUGAAAGGCGAUUUUGACACCGAAAGUCAUAGCAAGAAUAUCAAAGUAGAAGCUGCUAUUGACCCUGAUUUCGAGAGAAAAUCCUUGGAAGUUUCUAAAACAUCAAUCUUCGAAUCGAAGAGCUUGUCAUUCAAAACUGAUCCUUGGCUCAGAGUAAAAGCUUUACAGAAGCACUCCAAAGAGAGUGACAUUCUAAAAGGUCCAGCCAAAAAGGGUAGCACCAUUUUAGAUGUAAAUAUUGACAAUGAUAAAAAUACUGGUAAUUCGGAAACAGAUUUAGUCAGCCAGAUACACAAAAAAGGAAGGGACCAAAUAAUACCAGAUGAAACAGAAGUUGGAGGACUACUUGCAGCAUUGAUUGAUGGCAAAAUGGACGAAAGUAAUGUCAAAGAAGUAAUGGCAAAUAUGAAGCCAACUCCAGACAAAAGGUUUCUUUUAGGUACAUCAACAAGAAGGGGAGAAAAAUUUGGCAAAAAAUUUCAAAUGGCAAAAGAUAGUGGCAGUUACCUUGAUGGCACCAGGAAACCCCAAAUGUUUUCAAAUAAAAUGAGAUUGUUCAGUGGUGUGAGAUCCCACUACCUUGAUGGUCUUUUUAGUAUACCUAGCAUUGCGAAGGACAGGAACUUUAUAUCUAUCCAUGAAACUAAAUGGCAAAGGGAAGUCAAAGACUCAGUUCCAAAGCUAGGGCCAAGUGAUGGGUUUGAAGCAAUCAUGCUCAAUUCAGAAAAAAUGUGGAAAUUUCCAGUUGAUAAUGAAGAGGGCCUUGAUGAAAAAGAAAAUUCAAACUUUGAAGAUCACGUUUUUCUUGACCAUUAUCUAGAUUUGUUUCCUGAGAAAGGACAAAUAAGAAAAUUUAUGGAAUUGGUUAUAACAGGUUUGCAACAAAACCCAUUUUGUACUGUUGAGCAGAAAAUUGAACAAAUCAACUGGUUUAAAACUUAUUUUGACAAAUUUGGAGAAGUAGAUCUUGAGUUUUGA